AUGCAAUUGAUCUCGAGGCUCGAUAGCCCCAUCACGCAAGCACUGAGAGCAUAUAUUGACUCGACCAUUCGACGCAAGGUUAAACAUUUGGUCAGUGAAGCGAAGCAAAAAAGCGAACAAUAUUUUGAGAAAGCCAUGGAUACGCUCUUAGAGGAGUCUUCCGGUCGACUGUAUGACUUGAUCCAAGGGGCUGGAAGCGGCCUUCGCGACCAAGCCGACGAUUGCAUGGUCGAAAUCAAAGACACAACCACGGAGGGUCUGGAAGAAUUGAAAGAAGAAACACAAGAGCAAACUGAGGCAAUGGAUGAUUAUUCGACCGAGCGAGUUUCAUGA